AUGGCUUCUUCUUUUCACCUUAUCUUGUUAUGCUUUUUCUUCUCUAUCUCAGAUGCAAAACAUCCCAAAGAGAUGCUCCUGGCGGUGACCAAGGACGCCAACACCCUUCAGUAUGUGACCAACAUCAAAACAAGAACUCCCCUCGCCUCUGUGGAUCUGGUUGUCGAUCUCGGCGGCCAACACCUCUGGGUCGACUGUGAUGACGGCUAUGUGUCAUCGACGUACCACCCAAUCCCUUGUGGCUCCACUAGAUGCAAGCUUGCCAAGGAUAUUAGCUGCUCUGGUUGCAAUGGACCUCGUCGGCCCGGAUGCACCAACAACACUUGCGGUGUCAUCGCUGAUAACCCCAUCGUCGAUGGUGUCUCAGUAUCACUGAUAGGUGAGGAUGUUGUCGCUGUACCGUCCACUGAUGGAUCGAAACCUGGUCAUCUUGCAUAUAUGCGCAGAUUCCCGAUCACCUGUGGAGCUACAUUCCUCUUGCAAGGCCUGCCCAAAGGAGUUGAGGGAAUGCUAGGCCUUGCAAGCACUGAAACAGCAUUGCACAAACAGCUCACAUCUAAGUUUAAGAUUGCCCAUAAAUUUGCUCUCUGUAUGCCAUCUUCAACAACUGCCAAAGGGGUCAUGUUCUUCGGGAAUGGACCUUAUGCUUUCUUACCCAACCAUUUUGAUCUGUCUAAGUCACUCAUGUACACCCCUCUCCUCAUUAAUCCGGUCAGCACAGCACCAGUUUACACAGUGGGUGAACCCUCCGAUGAGUACUUCAUUGGAGUGAAAUCUAUCAAAAUUGAUGGCACAGCCAUCCCCAUGAACAUGUCCUUGUUAUCCUUCGACAAAGAUGGGUAUGGUGGCACCAAGAUCAGCACAAUGACGAAUUAUACCACUCUAGAGACCUCAAUCUAUAACGCGCUUAUCCAUGCUUUCACCACAAAGGCAGUGUCAAUGAAGAUUAAGAGAGUGGCAUCUGUGGCACCCUUUGGGGCUUGCUUCAGCUCGAAGAACAUUGCGAGUACCAGGGUGGGACCAGCGGUACCCACGAUCGAUCUAGUGUUGCAGAGUGAGAAGGUGUUUUGGAGGAUCUUUGGGGCCAACUCGAUGGUAAAUGUGAAGAAUGAUGUGCUGUGUCUUGGUUUUGUGGAUGGGGGAAAAAGGCCCAGAACUGCAAUUGUAAUUGGGGGGCAUCAGUUCGAGGACAACCUGUUGCAGUUCGAUCUGGUUUCAUCAAAGCUUGGGUUUAGUUCCUCACUACUGUUCCGCCAGACAAACUGUGGCAAUUUUAACUUCACAUCCAAUGUCUAAAAUGCUAGAGAUUUCUAGUUUCUGUGUUGAACAAUUAGGAAAUGCAGUCUUCUUUAAGAAAAAAACAUUUUUUUUUCUUCCAAAAUUAGUGUAGACUUCAAAGAGGGAAAACCCU